GCUAUCCCCAAGCCACCAAGUCGAACACAAGAAGACGCUGGCCUAAGAUCAUGGGGGAGGACAAGAACAACGGCGAGGGCGAGGGCAAGGUCGCGGAGAAGGGAACGACGGAGACACCUAUCCAAAAUAUGUACACCUUCUGGUACAUCAAGCGCAGCACCGGCAACAAGGCCGUCAGUGAGAGCUAUGAGAAAAGCAUCAAGGGGCUCGGUGACUUCAAGACGGUCCAGGACUUUUGGAAAAUAUACAACCACUUGGUGCGGCCAAAUGACCUGCCGAACACCAUGGACUACCACCUCUUCAAGACGGGCAUCAAGCCUAUGUGGGAAGACUCGGCCAACCGAAGAGGAGGCAAGUGGAUGGUACGCCUUCGCAAGGGCAUUGCCUCGCGUUACUGGGAAGAUCUGGUGCUAGCGAUCAUUGGUGAGCAGUUCGACGUGGGUAACGAGAUCUGUGGCGCUGUCAUUUCGAUCCGGUACAACGAGGACAUCAUCUCGCUCUGGAACCGCAAUGCUGACAACAAUGAAGCGUGCUACCGUAUUCGUGAUACGAUGCGGAAAGUGCUCAACCUACCGCAGUUUGUGGCAUUGGAGUACAAGCGCCACGACACGUCGCUGAACGACAACUCUAGUUUCCGCAACACGACUCUGUGGCGCUCGGAAAAGAAUGAUGGCACUAGCCGUGAGGGCUCUUCUGGCGGCGAUCGUACGUCCUCGGGCUCGCGUUACUCCCGUGGAGACAAGUCUUCAGGCCACCAGCGAUCUUCUUGGAGCCGUGACAACAAGCGUUCCUUCCACAAGUCCGACAGCAAUGACAACAGCCAUCACCGUAACAGCAGGACCAACGACGAUAAGGGCGAGGUAGAUCAUUAGGUUAAUCAGGACGUGCAGUAGCACCAGCAGUAGCAGCUUGUAGAUGCUGGUUGAACAGGUAGACCCCCGCGCGCGAUGCCGCUUGUUGUGGAGAAAGGAGCAGGAUGAGGUCAAAUUCAGGCAUGUAGCUGCUGAGGGAACGAUAAGACAAGUUGUGUGUGGAGAUAAGUUGAAGUAACUCGUUUACGACCCAAAGAUGAAUACCCACCGCAAUUUGCCUAAAAA